CCUCAACACAUCUCGCUGAAGGACACACAGUCCUGUAAAACCCUAAAGAGUAUCAUUCCGAAGUCGAUAUAACGAAAGGUCGGGGGGAGAUGUCGGGUGUCUGGGUGUUUGAGUCGAAUGGGGUGAUCCGCCUGAUUGAGAAUCCGCAGGGAGAGAUGCCUGGUGGCGGCACGAGGAGGAAGGUCCUGGUGCACCUGGCAACCGGAGAGGUGGUCUCAUCGUACACCCUGCUCGAGCAGAUCCUAAUGGGCCUCGGUUGGGAAAGGUACUACGGGGGCGACCCAGAACUCUUCCAGUUCCACAAGCACACUUCCAUCGACCUCAUCUCUCUCCCCAGGGACUUCACCAAGUUUAACUCUGUUUACAUGUACGAUAUCGUGGUUAAGAACCCCAACAUCUUUAAAGUCCGAGACUUAUGAAACGAAUGAGCCGGUGGAGAUAUAUAUAUACCCUUUACCGUCGACAUUAGGUAUGUAUUGUUGCUCAUAUGUAAGCACGUAAUUCAAUUGUACUAUUCAAUAACAAUGGCAUUAUUAUGUCAUAUGAUUCAAUAAGAUGCCGAUGAAAUGGAUUCCAUAUGGUGGAUAAUGAAUCGA